GCUUUUGGUAGGUAUUUGCUCUCCUCCCACUGAAGGAGGGGAGACACCUUGCGUGAUAUCACGCCUCUAUAUAAGAGCGCAUCCGAGCGAAGUGCUCACUUCGUCCGGGACGACACAACGUGGUACACUGCAAACAUGCAAAGCAGUCACAAGCCGCUGUUCGCCAACUGGCUAAUCGAGCAAGUGGAAACUGGGAACUAUCCGGGUUUGUCCUACAUCAGCACGAAUCUAUUCAGAGUCCCCUGGAAACACAACUCCCGAAAGGACUGCAACGACGAGGACUGUAAAAUAUUUCGGGCAUGGGCCGUCGCCAGUGGUAAAAUCCACGAGUUUCCAAACGACAAGGCCAAAUGGAAGACCAACUUCCGCUGCGCUCUGAAGAACCUCAACAAACGCUUCAGGAUGACCAAGGACAACUCCAAGAACUCCGACGACCCGCACAAGAUCUACGAGAUCAUCAAUAGGGAGGCUGCCUACCAGCCUUCGCCCCCGGAGGAAGACAUGGUACCUGUGAUCUACAGUUCCCCGACGGAGAGCUACCCACCUGGGCAUGAGCAGAAUAUCCUGGAACAACUCAUGACCUUGGAUUUACUGGAUGAACCCCGUCAACAAACAGUAGGCGAGCAGUGGGCGGAAAGCUACGGCCAGCAGAGCGCCAUUGGGCUGGGGGUGUACGCCACAAACCAGCAGGCGACGGGGGAGACGAUGCACGCCAUGCAGACCCAACCACAGCUCCAACCACAGCGGCAGGCGUACUACCCCGUCAACCCGCCGCCGGUGCUGGACUCCGGCCUGCAGCCCUCCCUCUUUGACCUGGAGAUAUCGGUGCACUACCGGAAGGUGGAGAUGCUGAAGACCCAGGUGUCCUGGCCCCGUGUCCAGCUGCACUACGGCAACGAGGCCACGGAGCUCCAGGCCCAGCCCAUCUGCUUCCCCCCCACCGACACCCUGCGGGACCACAAACAGGUGGAGUUCACCAACCGCAUCCUGAGCAGCAUCCAGCGCGGCCUGCUGCUGGAGGUGCGGGAGAGCGGGCUGUACGCCUGUCGGCAGGACCGCUGCCACGUGUUCGCCAGCACGGCCGACCCCAGCCAGGCCUCCCCGGACCCCCAGAAGCUGCCCCAGAACACCCUGGUGGAGCUGCUCAGCUUCGAGAAGUUCGUUAAAGAACUCAAAGAGUUUAAGGAGAACCGAAGGGGAUCUCCGGAAUAUGUCGUCAACAUGUGCUUUGGGGAGAAGUUCCCUGAUGGAAAACCGCUGGAGAAAAAGCUCAUUGUUGUUAAGGUGGUUCCUCUGAUAUGCCGGUACUUCUACGAGAUGGCCCAGACGGAGGGGGCGUCCUCUCUGGACAGCACCAACGUCAGCCUACAGAUCUCCCACGACAGCCUCUACGACCUCAUCAGCUCGGCCUUCGGUCUGCCCGUGUCUCAAGUGGCUCCCCAGCUCGUAGGACACUACUAGACCACAGACCUGUGGUCCAAAACACAAACCUAGUCCAGAAUAAGGGACAGUUCACCCAUCUCUCAUCUUCAUAUCCGUAUAGGCACAUAUGCUUCCUCACUCUCUUUAUAGGCCCUCUUCAAAGUUUUAAUUUAAAUGAUAAAGCUAUUGUUAAUUGUACGAUGCUAAUAGGGUAAGUGUGAUUUAAGUUGUUGAUAUAGUUGGUAGUGGGGACGUGGUUUUCAUAUAUAUUUAUGCCAGAAGGCUUCUCUGACUGUUCUAAGUCACUUUCAGUCUUAUCACUUACCUAAGUCACUUCCCUGUGUUUACAUACACUGUUGUCAAAUAUGCAUCUAUUCUCACCAUCAAACCUGUUCUAUUAGCUGGUAUUUAUAACUACCAUUCUUGGGGGUAUGUUAUAUGUGACCGUUGCUUUUUUCCAUGACGCAACUAAAAUCAUUCCUUGGUUGAUGCUAUUUUGUAGUUUACACAUGCAAUUUUUUGUCAUGUAAUGUAAAGCACAUUUCCCUGUUUGAUGACCCAUUUGUAAAUAAAUCCUUUUUGUGUUACAUAUAUAUCCUAACUGUGAGUAAGGAACAAAGGAAUUUACUUAAAGUGCCCUUCGAAAUACAGUGGGAGUUUAAUGGUUUAAGGAGCUUGGAGUGUUUUUAUUUAUAAUUAAAAAGCUACUACUA